GAGGUUCGUAUUCCGCAGGCGAAACAAACACUAAACUACCAACUAAUUUAUUUGUACUACUAGAUGAGAGAGAAAGAGAGAAGAAAUAAAAUUGAUACUUUUAUUUGAAAAUUGCAACACCUUAAAUUCUGAUCCCCCACCAAAUCCCUGUUUUUCAAAAAUCAAAAACAUUAAUUUUUGAUCCAUUUUUAUCUCUCUCUCUCUUUUCCCCAGAUCGCCGAGAAUUAUCAGCAGAAGAAAUGGUUGGUUAUGGAAUGAUCCCAAAGGACACAGUUUCCUUCAAUGUUGGCGGUAAAAUCUUCGAAACUACCUCAACUACCCUUGCCAAUGCUGGCCGCAAUUCCUAUUUCGGAGCUCUUUUUGAUGAUCAUUGGAAUCUUCACCUUCCACAAUCACAAUCACAAUCACAAUCACAAUCACAAAUCUUCAUUGAUCGAAACCCUGAAUGCUUCGGUGUAUUGCUGGACCUUCUCCGUACUGGUGAGCUUUACGUCCUCCCAAACCUCCCGGAGAAGCUUCUUUUCCGAGAGGCUCAAUUCUACGGUCUCUAUGACCAAGUUCGUGCUGCCAAGUGGGGCCCCUUUGACGGUAACUGCCUCCGCCUAACCAGUUCUAUCACAGGCCGAGCUCCUGGUGAUGGUACUGCAAUUCGGGCUGGCCCAGAUGGAGGGUGCUGUGUUGCACAUGGCUGCAUGGUCCAUGUCUAUGAUUGGAUGCUGGAGGAGCAUCGUCCCUUGCAUUUGGAUUACCAGAUUGUCAACGACGUUGGGUGGUUAGAUGCUAAUCAUAUUGUAGUCAGCGCUUGCGAGAGGCUUGGCCGUGGUGACGGUGGUAUGGGCCUCUUCAACGCCUCUAAUGGUGAGCUGCGUCAUAAAUUCCAAGUUCAACAUGAGAAUCAAAUCAAGAGUUUUACAGCAGGUGCCUUGGCCUCCAGCUCCAAGAUGAUCUACUCCAGCUGCAAGGGGAGGAGCAAUGAAUACGGCAUUGGGGUAUGGGAUCAAGAGACAGGACAGCAGGUGGAUUUCUUCUAUGAACCCUUAGGAUGGUCUCUUGGGGAUGCAGACAGGUUGCAGUGGCUCCCAGCUUCAAACUGCCUUCUUGUAUCCACCCUUUUUCCUAGAAAAGACAACUGUUAUAUCAGCUUAUUAGAUUUUAGAGCUAAAUCCAUGGUAUGGUCCUGGUCUGAUAUAGGGGCAGCUGGUCCUAAUCCCAUUUUGGUAGAUGACAAGCGUGUCAGAGAUGCCAUCGCAAUGGAGGAAUCGAGCUCCAUAUGUGUGGUAAAUGAGUUUGAGGAUUUGGGGUUUAUAGACCUCAGAAGCUCGGCUUCUAGUGUAAGGUGGAGCUCUAGAAGCCGGUUGGUUAAUGUUAUGAAAGCCAAUAAGAGGAUGCAACAUGCAGAGGAUGAACCUUGCUAUCCUAAGCUCGCCUUUCACAACUCACAGCUAUUCUCUUCCAUGAAUGAUUCAAUUUCUGUAUUCUCAGGCCCUGAUUGGGUAUUGACCUCCAGGCUUAGGCGAGGGUACGGGGGUCCUAUUUGUGACUUCUCCAUCGCUGGGGAUCGUCUCUUUGCCCUCCACAGUGAAGAAAAUGUCUUUGAUGUCUGGGAGGCCCCUCCUUCCCCUCCCACAUUUUAGUACUCCAUGAUUAUUAUACUAACAUCACAUACAAUUGUACUUGAUUUGUGUGUAUAUAUAUAUGUAUGGAUCUUAUAGUGUCGUUCUGUUUCUCCUCCCAAACAUCUGUAACUUGAUUCAGCAGCUCGUUUCUGAGUCUGUACACCUGCUGCUUGUAGUUUAAGCUAAACUAGGACAUUUUUAGGGAGAUAUUAGCAGCAAAGCUAUACUAUAGCUUCAGAAUUCUGUUAGCCAAAACACACUAAUGUACUAAUUUGUACAUAAUUUGUUCUUUAUUGAGCUCAUUCUAUGGCGUUUUCAUGAAA